AGAUCUUCCACAAGGUACCUCCCUCUCAGCAGCUCAGAGCACCUCACACAGAACACUCAUUAACCUGCUGCACUGCUCAGCCUGUGGAGUCUGCUGGUGAAUAUUAAUAAUGUAUCAGCCAGAACCAGACAAGGGCUACCAAGGUUACCCACAGCCAGGGGGAUAUUACCCACAACCAGGAGCAGUUUAUCCACCCCCUCCACCAUAUGGAACACCACAGCCACAGCCAACAGUGAUUUUAGCUCCUGCAACAACAGUGAUACUGAAUGCAUCAUUUACUGAUACGCCUGCAUCAUGCACAUGUCCAGUCUGUCGUCAGACCAUCGUGACACGAGUGGAAUAUAACACUGGCCUCCUUACUUGGCUUAUAUUCGGCCUCCUGCUCCUUUUUGGGUGCUGGCUGGGAUGCUGUCUCAUUCCUUUCUGUGUGGACAGCUGUAAGGAUGUUGACCAUUUUUGCCCAAAUUGCAAUCAUCACCUGUCUAAGUACAAAAGGCUAUGAAGAGGAUUUCCCACCAUGGAAUGCUAUGUCCAGCAACAGAAUAAUUACAGUUUGCACAAUAAGAUGAAGUUUGUACACCAAGAGUUAUAUAAGUGUAAAAAUAUAUAUAUUAUGAGAUUGUUUACUGAUCAUUUGCUUUACAACUUUUGUACUGUACAUUAAAUGUUGUGCCUCAUUGUACAUAUUAAAUUUAUCAUUUUCAAAUCA